GGCGUGAGGGGGACUUUCUCCUUGGCCACUGGGAAGUUCGCCCGGCCGGCCGGAGGAAGGAGCCCGCAGGGAGGGCGGGAAGGAGGCGGAAGAAGGCAAGAAGCCAAGAACCGGGCGGGACGGUCAUCCAGGUGGAAACCGUUCUUCCUCCCGGGCUGUCCCGAGCUGGCGCCCGCGGAGCCAUCGGGGAGACCCAGGACAGCCUAGCUCAGCGCAGAUACCCCAAGACAGACCGAGGGCCCCCGACGCCAUGCGGCUGCCCCGGCCGCGCCCGGAUGUGAGCCUCGUCCUGGCCAUGGCCGCCGUCGCGCUGCUGCUGCUGCUGCUAUCUCACAUGUCGCCGCCUGGCUGCCCUGCCCCCGAGAGGCCCGCGGAGCCCCCGGAGGUCCCCACGUGGCCCCCGGGGCCCCCGCGCGCGGCCCCCACCCCGUGCCAGGCCAACCUGUCGGUGGCCGCGCACCCGGCCUUGGCGGCGAUGCCGGCGCACGUGCGCGACUUCCUGCUCUACCGGCACUGCCGGGACUUCGCGCUGCUGCGGGAGCCGCCGGCCGCCAAGUGCGCGCAGCCCGUCUUCCUGCUGCUGGCCAUCAAGUCGUCGCCCGCCAACUACGGGCGCCGGCAGGUGCUGCGCCGCACGUGGGCGCGCGAGCGCCAGGUCCGGGGGGCGACGCUGCGCCUCCUCUUCCUCGUGGGCAGCGACCGGGACCCGCACCAGGCGCGCAAGUUCAACCGGCUGCUGCAGCUGGAGGCGCGCGCGCACGGCGACAUCCUGCAGUGGGACUUCCAGGACUCCUUCUUCAACCUCACGCUUAAGCAGGUCCUCUUCCUGGAGUGGCAGCGAACCCGCUGCCCCAACGUCAGCUUCGUGCUCAACGGGGACGACGAUGUCUUCGCGCACACGGACAACAUGGUCACCUACCUGCAGGGCCGCGACCCGGACCGCCACCUCUUCGUGGGUCACCUGAUUCAGAACGUGGGUCCCAUCCGCUCGCCUGGGAGUAAGUACUUCGUGCCCACGCUGGUGACCGAGGACGAGCACUACCCGCCCUACUGUGGCGGCGGCGGCUUCCUGCUGUCGCGCUUCACGGUGGCCGCGCUGCGCCGCGCCGCGAGGGUCCUCCCAGUCUUCCCCAUCGACGACGUGUUCCUGGGCAUGUGUCUGCGGCAGCAGGGCCUGGCGCCCGCCUCGCACAACGGGGUGCGCACGGCAGGGGUGCACGCCCCCAGCCCCCGCCUGUCCUCCUUCGACCCCUGCUUCUACCGGGGGCUGCUCCUCGUGCACCGCUUCCUGCCCUUCGAGACCCUGCUGAUGUGGGACGCGCUGAGCCAGCCCCAGCUGGACUGCGGCCAGCGCGGCCUGGUCUACUGAGCCGCCCCAAAGCUCUUGGUUCUGCUCACCGCAGGCGCUCGGGGUCCAACCAAGCGCCAGCGGGACUUUGCAUGGCUGCUAACAAGCGCCCAGGAGCCCCGUGCCAGGCUCCCUCAGGCCCCCAGGGAGUGGGGCAGCGGAGCGAGGCCGAUCUUGACUGGGUCACAGUGGUGUCCCUCAAGGACUCAGGGAACAGAGUAGGGGUAGGAGGGGUCUGUGUCUCACAGACGGGGGUGGCGGGAAAUGAAGCCUGUGGAAGGCUGAACCCCGGGCUCGGCCUCUUUUCAUUUUAUUGAUUUAGAAUUAUUGUUUCGGGCUGGAGAGAUGGCUCAGCGGUUAAGAGCACUGGCUGCU